UCAUGUUCUUAUUUUACAUCCAAUGCUUUUCCAUUAAAAAUCUCCUUCAUCAAUGCGAAUGCUCCAAGUGGAACCAUCAAUGUUAUUUUUAAGAUAGGUGAUGAUCUACGUCAAGAUAUGUUGGUUCUGCAAAUUAUUCGAGUGAUGGACAACAUUUGGCUCCAAGAGGGACUGGAUAUGCAAAUGAUCAUUUAUAGGUGUUUAUCCACAGGGAAAAGGCAAGGACUGGUACAGAUGGUGCCAGAUGCUACCACACUGGCAAAGAUCCACAGGGAGUCUGGACUGAUAGGACCACUGAAAAAAAACACAAUUGAAAAAUGGUUUCGCCAUCACCAUCCUCUGGAAUCAAGUUACCAAGAGGCAAAAAGGAAUUUCUUUUAUUCCUGUGCUGGCUGGUGUGUUGUUACCUUCAUCCUGGGAAUCUGUGAUCGACACAGUGACAACAUAAUGCUGACAAAAGCUGGACACAUGUUCCACAUAGAUUUUGGAAGAUUUUUGGGUCAUGCACAGAUGUUUGGAAGCAUAAGAAGGGACCGAGCUCCCUUCAUCUUCACAUCAGAGAUGGAAUAUUUCAUAACAGAGGGUGGAAAAAACCCACAGCGUUUUCAGGAAUUUGUGGAGCUUUGUUGUCGAGCUUAUAAUAUAGUCAGGAAACACAGCCAGCUACUCCUGAACCUGCUAGAGAUG